AUGACGUUGGAGGAUAAAGGCAUCAGGGGAAAGGCCUUGAGUUUUGAGCGCAAGCAUAGAUUAGAGAGUGAAUCAAGAAGGAGGAGGAGGUUGGUUGGAUCAGUGAAAUCAGAGGUGAUCGACGUAGAUCAAUCAGAUACUUAUUGGUAUUUAAUCGGAGAAGAAACAUGUCAAAAAAAUUUGGAAAAAAGUGAACCGGGAACACUUGAUUACAACCUUAGAAGACUUUUUUCCUCCCGCCUUCUAGUCGUAGUCCUUUAUAACAUCGUCGCGUCCAAGUCGACCUUCACCGUCACCGUUCCGACCACUGAGUCAGCCGGCAGAGGUGUGUUCGCGACUCGGGCGAUCGGAGCUGGUGAACUCAUCCACGCGGCCACACCCAUCGUAUCUUUCUCUCUCUACAACAACGAGUGUUUGCUGUUUGUGCCUCAAAAGUCUCAGAAACAUAACCACAUCUGCAGCCAAGACUGUGAGGAAAAAUCUAAGAUUAUCAUGGAGAAAGAAAGGCCUGGUUCACAUAUGGGCUCGGAGUAAGCCCUGGACGCCGAUGGUGACACUGCGGUGAAAUACAAAGGGAUGUUUUUCAAAGUAAACCUUUGAAACGGAUUUCAAGAGCAAUUAGCGAUUAUGAGCUCUCUCUUUCCAAGGGGUCCUCAUAACACUCAGUUGCGGAAUUUGAAUCUAUCAGCAGCAGUAUUCUCUGCCGGGUAGCAAGAACUCACUUCAGGAGUAGCAACCCCACCCUAAGGGAGAGGGACUCAUCGACAAGAUCUAAUACAGAGUAGGGGCCUUUCUUUUUAGCAUUUCUAUUCUGGGGCCUGUGUUAAUUCCCUGGAACAGCCCUGAACCUAAUCCAAACAUACCUCCCCAAUCACAAGAAUACAAUGGUUUUACAUAAACCCAGAUGUGUACUUGUAACUACGGUUAGCUCCCGAAGAUAAAAUGCGAAGAGACGAAUGGAAUACAGAGUGAAAGGAUGCAUAAAGUCGCUCCCGCAAAAACUUCAAUUAUGUUCUUAAAAUGUGGAAGAGACGUAUGCUGUUCUUGUGAUA